UAAAAUAAGUUCAAGUAAUGCUAAAGUAAAUACAUUUGCUUUGCCAUUUACCAUCAUAAUAUACUGUAUACAGAUUACUCAAUUCAGUUUAAAUGCAAAUUUGUCAAACAACUGAAAUGCGUAAAGACAUAUUUUUAGAUUGUAGUAAGCAUUCCAUAACAAGUGAGUAACACUUUCAACUUCUGAACUUGGGAAAACUUUCUUCCAUACAUGUGAUAUUGACCAUAACAGUCUUAUGUGUAAAGCUAAAAGCACUUAUUGUAAGUCACUCUGCAAUGCCUUAAAUGUUAAAUGGUAAGUAUGUUUUUUGUGGGAAUAGGAAGUGGCAUGCUUGGGAAAGACAGAAUGACAGAAAAGGAGGAGGAGGAUGAACAGAGAUGAAGAGAAUUGAAAUGUUACACUCUGAAUAUCCUCCUCUCCUUCAUCCUAGCCCUCCGCCUCCCCCCUUCUCUGGCACUCCCUCAAGGCCGUGUUAUUGUUCCUGCCUAUCAGUGUCAUUUCCAUAGCAAGUGCUGAAAGAGAGCGGAUAAAUUGAGGCAGGUGAGAGUGGACACGAGACAUAGAGGAGUACAUUGCAAGCACACCAUCAGACCACCUGUGCUCAGCUGCACUUUUAACAGACUCCUUAAAGGAAUACAUAACAUUAUCAAGAGGAUUGCUGACAGGCUCACAGCUGAUAAUGCAUUUCAGUCCUUAGAGAGACAGAGAGAUACAAGAGGAAUCGCUAGAAGAGGGAUACACUAAACUAGUGCUCAAGUUAUCAGAACAGUGAAUCCACAAGAGGAAGUGACUGGGAGUCACCAUAUUCCUGAAAGAUGGAGCCAAGUCCUGUGGUCUGGCACACCCAGGUGGUCCCACUUGAUGCACAACUGGAAAGGGCAAGCUCUCAUCCCGAAUGUUCCAUCUGCUUUAACACCUAUGACAAUGUCUUUAAAACACCAAAACAGCUAGAUUGCACCCACAUCUUCUGCCUUGAGUGCCUUUCCCGCAUCAUGACCACCUCCAUGGACCCCCAAAACUCUAAAAUCUCUUGCCCCUUCUGCCGCCACCCCACAACCAUCCCAAAAAAGGGGCCCCCAGCUUUGACCACCAGCAAGGAGGUACUGUGUCGUCUGCCCGUCCACCAACAGCAGGAAGAGCCUGUGUGGUUGGAUGGGGAGAGGCUGUGCUACCAGCAACCAAUAGACAUGCCAGGCAUGCCGACCUUCUGUAUCUGCAUCGACAUCGGGGCCAAUGGACAUGGUGCUGUUUCUUCUACCCAGACUCGACCACGACUUAGGUUGCUGGAUCAGCUUAUGGACUGGAAACGGUUGGUGCUCUUCAUUGUCCUCAUGGUGCUGCUCAUUGUGAUCAUUCUGUGGCCCCUGCAGUGCAUCGUCACAACUGGCACCAUGCGGUGUGCACCCCAGCACCCACAGCCACAUACUACCACAGCAUCAUACACGUUGGUGCCAAAAGUGUAAGCUACACACAUAUCUACUAUAUAUUACUUCAGAACUGGAACUCUAUACAUAUCCAUCACAGACAAAGUGGAAUAAAUCAGAUCUAGAUUGCUGUUGGACUUUCAAAGAUAAGAAUUUGCAAAGAUCUGUGUGUCGGUUCACAGUGAAAACACCUUGUGAAGCCUGCUGGGUGCUGAGGGAGAUGCAGGGAUAAAGGAUAGCUAAUUAUCAAGAGCAGAGAAGUCUGCUUGUAUGUAAUCCAUGAAUUCUUCAUAGAACAUAUAAAGAUCUGAUCCAGUGACUCAAACAGCAACUAAUAAUAUGGAUUAAAAAAGGAACAUGUUAGUAACCAAAAUGAGCAACUUGGUGUUAUUUGCAUCAAUGAGGAAAAGUCCUACAGCAAAUGUGACGAGUCAUUCUAUAAGUGGAAAAGUGUCAAAGACCUGACCAAUGCAUAUGACAAAACUGACUGACCGACUGCACUGAUCAAAACACAGCUUUUUUAAAGGAAUGUUCCAGGUUCAACAUAAGCUCAGUCAACAGCAUUUACACUAUUAUGUUGUAACAUUAUCUGUGUAAAGUUAGAUCCUGUACCGGGUUUACAGGCUAUUGGAUUUAACUUUACACAGAUAAGUUAAGUAAGCGAUUUUAACACACUAAAAUCAUGUUAGCAUGUAUAAUGUUUAUAUCUUGCAGCUGGACUUUUGAAACGUGGCUGGACCAUUCACUUCCAUUAUAUGUGCCUUAAUGUAAUUGUAAUUAUUGCUAGUAAAACAUUUUGCAAAUAAAACAUUACGGUAAUCAACAUUAUGCCACAAAUACUGUCAAUCGAGCUUAACUUCUAUUGAAUCCGGAACAUUCCUUUAAAAAUGGUUAACUAGAUCCCAUACACCUACAUUUGUAAAGAUGUUGUAUUACAUUUUUUGGUAACAGUUUAUUGACAGAGUAAUCAAAAGAAAACUGAACAUUUCUACUUUUGUACAUUUGUAUAUAUGUAUUGCACUUAAUUGAAUUGCAUUCUGAAUUGUGUAUUUUGUUUACAAAAAAUAAACAUCUGUUGCUGCAAAAUGCAGAAGGAAGUUGUAAAGUUUAAGGAAUGGUGUCAUGGAAUUUUCAAUUUUAAUUGGUGCAAUCUCAACAAUAUCAGUCAUAACUCAGGUUGACCGACAAAAGCAGAGAAUAACAAACAGGUUCACGCUGCCCUCAUUUAUCACUUCCUGCUCGGGGGCGGUUAAGAGUACACGCCUCAGAAUAUCUGCCUGAAACCUAAACCCCCACCUCCAGCUGCGGGCUCUGUGAACAUGCUCACACCAAUGUAAACUGAUCCAUCCAGCCUGAAUGGCCGUUUUAAAUCACUGGGUAAAUUAUUGGCUUCCUACUUCCAGGGUGUUUUAUGAGGAAAAUAUAAUUAAAGUUGUUUAUCAUUAAACCUUAAACGUUAAAUGGUAACAUAGAGAAGGAAAGGAUAUCUUUUCCAUAUUUGAAGUAUGGUUACUGUUUGUUUGCAACAAGGUGAAUGUAGUAAAAGACAACUUUAGGUGACAUUUUCCAGUGUAUGCUUUAUUAUUAUUUAAUAUCAAAUCUUUUAUCAUCAUUAGCGAUGCAAGUCAUUACAUCAGCUGUUUUUGCCAGGGCAGAAGGCAUUUUAGGCUGAACCAGUGCAAGAGGGAACACAGUCUUUACCACACAAGGACAGUCAGCACAACACUAUUCAGAUCAAACCUAUUGAUCACCACCAGAAAAUAACAGAGAUUAAACAAGACCCACCAACAUAGUAUUCAAGUAAAUGUAAAGAGAAGACUUUAAAAUUGUGAUAAAGCCAGCAAAUAGCUUCAUAACGGUCAAUAUUGUAUAUAAUAAUAAUCAUAAAAAUAAUAAUAGUUAAAGCAUUCUAAAACAAUUUGUAGAAUUUAGCUGUGAAUAUUUCCAUCCAUGUAUUAACAAACAACUGAAAUGUACAACUGACACCAGAUCAAUAAUUGAGCAAAAACAGGAAAAAGAAACAACAGAUAUUUAACGCAAAAUACCACAAUGAUGGCAAACACCAAAAACUAAAAAUAUAUGUCAUAUAUUUCUGAACAUAGGACUUUCUGACAGCCGUAUACACAACCUCACAGCAGAGAUUCAAAAUAAAUGUCAAGUACUGAAGUCUACAUAUCUCACACUCAAAAUAUUGACCCCUUAAAAAAAAGUGAAAAUUCAAACUAAAUGAAACAGUAAGAUCAUAAAAACAGCAUCCAAGCUUUCAAGGAUAGUACACACACAUGAUCAGGUACAUAAAUCGCAGAUUAAAAUUCAUUCAGUCUUCAGUCAAAGGGCAGCACAUUUAUAUGUUACUUGCACUGUAAAAUUGUUCUUAGACAGCUUAAAACAGAUUUAACAUGUAUGAUCAUAAGUGAUUUUAAUAAGCAGUGAUAAACAUUGCUUUUACACUUCCCGGAGAUCUAUCAAACAUAAAAACUUCUCCAAACAUCUUGUCCUUUCAAGUACAGUCAUCCACUAAAAAACAGACCCAAUCCACCCUCGCACCACAUUCCACAACUCUUCUGCUCAUGACAUCACAAAAUAUGACUCAUGGCCAGCAACAAUAAUGCCACUUUCACAUUCAGAUGCUGUGAUUAAUCAGACACAUCAUGCCCUUGUUUAUUUUUAAGCCAACACACGCCGAACUCAUCUGCCAGGACCUCUGACAUCUUGUGACAUCCCCAAAGACGUUGACCUAAACCAAAAAUAGCCAUGUCUGGAUUAAGCCUUUUAAAUUACUCCCCCUCCUACA